CAUCGGAGCAGGAACCAAUCAAAUGCAAAUAUCGUCCCCAAGUAUUAGUCAAAAGCAAGACUUCAAUCAGAAUCAAGAGCAAAAACCAAUCAAAUGCAAGCAUCCAUCGGAGCAGGAACCAAUCAAAUGCAAAUAUCGUCCCCAAGUAUUAGUCAAAAGCAAGGCUUCAAUCAGAAUCAAGAGCAAAAACCAAUCAAAUGCAAGCAUAUAUCAGACCUGGACCAGAAAGCCAAGAAAAGCAAUCGUGCGAUCCAAUCAAACUCAAGCAAACGGCAAAAGCAAGUACUCUUCACAAGCCAGAAAGCCAAGCAUACCUUGGUGCCACACCAAACGAGCACGUGGGGUCGCUCAGUCAACCCACAGUCACCCGAGCCGUAG